ACUUCACCAAAUGGCAAGCAGAUGAUUAAGCUAACCCUAGGUACGUAUACUUGGGAAACGUACGGUGAGGCCGAGGUCAGAGUAUCAAACCUGGCUGCUGGGAUACGCAAACUAAUAGGCCCUACUCCGGUCGUUCCAGAAGACAGACAACCUGUCGCUAUCUUCAGCGAGACUCGUGCCGAGUGGCUAUACGCUGCAAUGGCCAUUUUCCGACUAAAUCGGCCUUUGGUCACGCUCUAUUCAACCCUUGGUGACGAUGCACUGUUGCACGGAUUUACUGAAUCUCAAGUGAGCUUUUAA